AUGCUCGCCCUGGAGGCUGCACAGCUCGACACUCCACACUUCAGCUGUCUGUACCCAGAUGGAGUCUUCUAUGACCUGGACACCGGCAAACACCCCGGAUAUCCUGACUCCGAGGGCGCUCCAGACUCUCUGUGGGGAUGGGCCGAGGCCCCACCUGUCCCCACAGCCUCCUACGAAGCCUUUGACCCAGCCAUGGCCACCUUCAGCCACACCCAGGGUGUCCAACUGUGCUACGGACCCACGACAUACAACCCAGCCGGAAGCCUGGACCUGGCCCCCAGUCUGGAGUCCCUGGGGCCCGGCUUCCCAGGGUACCCUGCAGAAGACUUCCCCAUGCAGACCCUGGGCCCCCCGGCGUACAUCCCAUACGAGGAGGCGGAGAUUCUGCUGGACGGCCCCGCGCUGGAGGUCUCAGACAGCGAGUCAGACGAGGCCCUCGGUGCUGGCCCCGAAGGGAGGGGAGCAGAGGCAGGUGCCCGCAAGAAGCUGCGCCUGUACCAGUUCCUGCUGGGCCUGCUGACGCGCGGGGACAUGCGCGAGUGCGUGUGGUGGGUGGAGCCGGGAGCCGGCGUCUUCCAGUUCUCGUCCAAGCACAAGGAACUGCUGGCGCGCCGCUGGGGCCAGCAGAAGGGCAACCGCAAGCGCAUGACCUACCAGAAGCUGGCCCGCGCGCUGCGCAACUACGCCAAGACCGGCGAGAUCCGCAAGGUGAAGCGCAAACUCACCUACCAGUUCGACAGCGCGCUGCUGCCCGCCGCCCGCAGAGCCUGAGCCCCGCGCCCCGACGCCUCAGCCUCGGCGGGGCAGAGGGCGGGGACCCGCGCACCAUCAGGCCACCGGCUGUCCAGAAGCCCGAACCCUGGGCUAGGGUCUCUGGGGAAUGCCCUUGUCGUGUCCCCCGGCUCGUCUCCUGCCAGAUCUGAGAUCUCCUUGUGUCUGGCAUGGCAGGGGAGCCCCGGUUCCCCGAGGGCCCCUCCGUAACCUUCCCCUCUCUGUGCCUCCAAGUAUUUUUGUCAUCAUUUGGGGGUGGGUGUGUUUUGUUUGAAGUUUGGGGCUGUGCUCAGGGCUUGUUCUGGACUCUGUGCACAGGUCCUGGCGUGUUUGGGGACCCUGUGGGGUAAAGCGGUAGGACCCAGGUUGGCCACCAAGGCAAGCGCCCUCCCCACUGUCCUAUGGCUCCUGCCCCUCCUUUUGUCACCUUUGAGAGCCCUGAGUUCUCCAGAGCAUUCUGCUGUCACUGUGUGUCUGUCUGCCUGGAAUUCUCCGCUCAUGUUGGGCCCCUGCUGUCCCAUGGGGUUCUGUGGACCUUGCCCUGUGUCGGUCCUGUGGGGCUCUGCCUAGGGGGUAUCGUGAGGAUCCCAGCAACAGCCUUGAAUUCUGGGGUCCUGGAGUCCUUCUUGGCCACACAACGUAUUGGAGGAUGUCUC